GAUACACAGAAGAAUACCGAGGACAUUAUUUACUGACAACAUGGACACGGAAGCAGUCGAAUUUAUGUUCUUUUUGAAAAGGAAUGUCUCUGAAUUAAAGAGACUUGGUUCAGAAUGGGGCAUGACAACAGAUGAGAUCAAUGCAUGCAUUGACAAAGCACUAGAAAAUGAGGCUGAUGUCCCAAGGGAAAACGAGAAUAGGAUUACAGCAAUGGAAAUAUGGCUAAGAUUUAGCCAGGGUGUGAAAUUAAUGUUCAAAGUGAUUUUAAUCACAUUUACUGUCUUGUUUUGCGUUUUUAUGUUAGCAUCCUACCAUGAAGCAACUGGAAAUUACGUAAUGAAGGUUCUACAGCCUUAUGGAUACGAGGUGUUUCGUGCGAUUCGUCUUGCCACACUGCCUCUACACAAGAUAGUGAACAUAACAUCUUAUUAUGAUGCAGAAUGUCUAUUGGACAAUCCAUUCUUUAGGGAGCCGAUCCAGGAAUGUGACCUGUGUAUGGAUACCCAUGAAGUCAAGCUGAUGACUGAACCCAUACAUUGGGUUGUCAAGAGACACUGCCAGCAACAACAACCUUUUGUUUUCAAGCCAAAAAUGGUUCCAACUGUAACCUUUGAGGACGUGGUAGAUCUGUACAACAAAAACAAAGAUGUCCUUGAUACAUCAGUGGCCAGAUUCUAUUCCACAGACCAAGAAGUACCGGACAUUGGCAGUUUGUUUGGAUUAAAAGACAAUGAUAACCUAAAGAAGAAAACAGGAUUAAGUGUGCACUGGGUAUCGAAGAACAUGGCUAGUAGCCAGAUAUUGAGGAAGAUGUUUCCAAGACCAGAAUUUGUUCCCCCAGAAUCAGAAGUGGCAUUAGAGAAGACACUGUACAUAGAUGGUCCAAGGUCACAACUAUUUGAAAUAAUUGGAGGGUUCUACCAAGCUGUAUUUGUUUCCAUAGUGAAGGGAAACAGAAAGGCUGUAUUUUCUUCAGUACAAGAAUGCAGUGAUGUUUGUUCCCCUCUCCAUGUUGACCUGAAAGAAGGAGAUAUAGUGGUAUUUGGUCCAGGAAUGUGGAGACUCAAUAUCAUGCCUAACAUGGAAGAUACCAGCAUUGUUUAUGUUGGAUCCUUUACAGUGUAGUCAGCGUCUGACAAAAAAUCAAUGAACACUAAACAGAUACAACUUUUCAAAUUCUCCUCUGUUGUUAAAAAUAUUCAAAAGAACAAAUCACUGUCAAUUCUUCUCUUUUUUACAAAUCCUUACAAUUGCUUUUAAAAGUUCUGAAUAUCUAUUUUGUAUUACUGACAUAAUAUUACAUUUCUUAUGCAAUAAAAGACUCUCAAUGCAUUAA